CUGGAGGAGGUGAUGAAGGAGGACGGCUUCCAGCCCGAGCCCGCGCCCCGCCUGGUGCCGCGCGGCGCCGCGCCCCGGGGAGCCGCCGCUGGCCCGGAGCCUCCGCGGCCUCUCGCUGGCCCCGGCGCCGCGCUGGCCGCACGCCGAGCGCCUGGAGAGGCUGGAAAAGCUGGAAAAGGUGGAAAAAAUGGAAAAGAUGGAAAAGGUGGAGAAGGCGGGGAAGCCGCGGCUGGUGAUCACCGAGCAGCCGAAGCAGCGCGGGAUGAGGUUCCGCUACGAGUGCGAGGGGAGGUCGGCCGGGAGCAUCCUGGGCGAGAGCAGCACCGAGGCCAACCGCACCCUGCCCAGCAUCGAGCUGCAGGGCUGCCAGGCCAUCCCGGAGGUGGCGGUGACGGCGUGCCUGGUGUGGAAGGACUGGCCGCACCGCGUGCACCCGCACGGCCUCGUGGGCAAGGACUGCGCCCAGGGGCUCUGCCGGGUGCUGCUGCGGCCCCAGAGCAACCCGCGCCACAGUUUCAGCAACCUGGGCAUUCAGUGUGUGAAGAAGAAGGAAAUCGAGAGCGCCAUCGAGAAGAAGCUGCAGCUCGGCAUCGACCCGUUUCCAGCGGGCUCCCUGCGGAACCACCAGGAGGUCGAUCUCAACGUGGUCCGGAUUUGCUUCCAGGCCUCGUUCCGGGACCGCGCCGGGAUCCCCCGCAGCCUCAGCCCGGUGCUGUCCCAGCCCAUCUUCGACAAGAAGUCCACGAACACGUCGGAGCUGCGCAUCUGCCGCAUGAACAAAGAGAGCGGGCCCUGCACGGGCGGGGAGGAGCUCUACCUGCUCUGCGACAAGGUCCAGAAAGAGGACAUCGCGGUGAUUUUCCGCAAGGAGCCCUGGGAGGCGCGGGCGGAUUUCUCGCAGGCCGACGUGCACCGGCAGGUCGCCAUCGUGCUGCGCACGCCGCCCUACGCGCACCUGGAGCUGCGCGAGCCCGUGCAGGUGGAGGUGUUCCUGCAGCGCCUCACCGACAGCGUCCGCAGCGAGGGCUUCCGCUUCACCUACCUGCCCCGCGACACCGACGCGUACCGGGUGCAGGUGAAGCGCAAGCGCGGAAUGCCCGACCUGCUGGAGGAGCUCUCGGGGACAGACCCGUUCGGGAUCGAGGCCAAGAGGAGGAAGAAGCCCCCGGGGUACCUGGAGCACUUCAUCCCCCUGGGCCCCACAGACGCCGCCUUUCCCGCGGAGCCUGCGGAGCCGCUGCCGCCGCUCGCGGGCGCCUUCCCGGGGCCGCCGCUGGGGGCCGUUCCUGGAAUUCCCGGAAUUCCCGGAGUUCCCGGAGCUGCCGCUGCUCCCGGGCCCCCCCGAGCUGCUGGCCGAGCCCCCCGCCGGGGACCCCCCCCCCCAUCUCCAGCCUGCUGGGCUCCCACCUCUUCCCGGGGGGGGAGGGCUGAGCGGGCCCCAAAACCAGCCCCAGAAUGCCCAAAAAUCCCAUCAAAAUCCGCCUCGAAAUUCCCCAAAAUUCCCCAAAAAUCCUGUCAAAAUCUGCCUCAAAAUUCCCCAAAAAUCCCCCUUGAAUUCCUCCCAAAAUCCCCUUGAAAUUCCCCAAAAUUCCCAAAAAUCCUCUCAAAAUCCGCCUUGAAAUCCUCCUAAAAUCCCAUCAAAAUUCCCCAAAAAUCCCCCUUGAAAUUCCCCAAAAUUCCCCCAAAAUCCUCCCAAAAUUCCCAAAAAAUCCUGUCAAAAUCUCCAUCAAAAUUCCCCAAAAAUCCCCCUUGAAAUCCUCCCAAAAUCCCCUCGAACUCCUCCCAAAAAUCCCCCUUGAAAUUCCCCAAAAUUCCAAAAAAUUCCCAAAAACCCUAUCAUAAUGUGCCUCAAAAUUCCCCAAAAAUCCUCUCAAAAUUCCCAAAAAUCCCCUCAAAAUCCGCCUUGAAAUCCUCCCAAAAUCCCAUCAAAAUCCCCCAAAAAUCCCCCUUGAAAUCCUCCCAAAAUCCCCUCGAAAUUCCCCAAAAAUCCUGUCAAAAUCUGCCUCAAAAUCCUCCUAAAAUCCCAUCAAAAUUCCCCAAAAAUCCCCUUGAAAUCCUCCCAAAAUCCCCUUGAAAUUCCCCAAAAUUCCCAAAAAUCCUGUCAAAAUCCGCCUCGAAAUCCUCCCAAAAUCCCAUCAAAAUUCCCCAAAAAUCCCCCUUGAAAUUCCCCAAAAUUCCCCCUCAAAGUCCUCUCAAAAUUCCCCCAAAAUCCUCCCAAAAUUCCCAAAAAUCCUGUCAAAAUCUCCAUCAAAAUUCCCCAAAAAUCCCCCUUGAAAUCCUCCCAAAAUCCCCUCGAACUCCUCCCAAAAAUCCCCCUUGAAAUUCCCCAAAAUUCCAAAAAAUUCCCAAAAACCCUAUCAUAAUGUGCCUCAAAAUUCCCCAAAAAUCCUCUCAAAAUUCCCAAAAAUCCCCUCAAAAUCCGCCUUGAAAUCCUCCCAAAAUCCCAUCAAAAUCCCCCAAAAAUCCCCCUUGAAAUCCUCCCAAAAUCCCCUCGAAAUUCCCCAAAAAUCCUGUCAAAAUCUGCCUCAAAAUCCUCCUAAAAUCCCAUCAAAAUUCCCCCAAAAAUCCCCCUUGAAAUCCUCCCAAAAUCCCCUUGAAAUUCCCCAAAAUUCCCAAAAAUCCUGUCAAAAUCCGCCUCGAAAUCCUCCCAAAAUCCCAUCAAAAUUCCCCAAAAAUCCCCCUUGAAAUUCCCCAAAAUUCCCCCUCAAAGUCCUCUCAAAAUUCCCCCAAAAUCCUCCCAAAAUUCCCAAAAAUCCUGUCAAAAUCUGCCUCAAAAUUCCCCAAAAAUCCCCCUCGAAAUCGUCCCAAAAAAUCCCCCUUGAAAUUCCCCGAAAUUCCCAAAAAUUCCCAAAAAUCCUGUCAAAAUUCCCAAAAAUCCUGUCAAAAUCCCCCUCGAAAUUCCCCAAAAUUCCCCCUCAAAGUCCUCAAAAUUCCCCCAAAAUCUGCCUCAAAAUUCCCCCAAAAUCCUCCCAAAAUUCCCAAAAAAUCCCGUCAAAAUCCCAUCAAAAUUCCCCAAAAAUCCCCCUUGAAAUUCUCCCAAAAUCCCCUCAAAAUCCUCCAAAAAAUCCCCCUUGAAACUCCCCAAAAUUCCCAAAAAUCCUCCUCAAAAUUCCCCAAAAAUCCCAAAAAUCCUUCUCAAAAUUCCCUGUCAAAAUCCCCCUCCAAAUUUCCCAAAAAUCCUCCUCAAAGUCCUCUCAAAAUUCCCAAAAUUCCCCCUCGAAAUCCUCCCAAAAUUGCCAAAAAACCCUCCUCAAAAUUGCCCAAAUCCCCUCGAAAUUCCCUCAAAAUUCUCCCCAAAUCCCCCUCGAAAUUCCUAAAAUCCCCUCAAAAUUCCCCCAAAAAAACCCCUUCGAAAUCCUCCCAAAAUUCCGACCUCAAAAUUCCCAAAAUUUCCCAAAAUCCCCCCAAAAAAUUCCCCUCAAAAAUCCCUCAAAAUCCCCAAAAAUUCCAAAAAAUUCCCCUGAAAAUUCCUCUCAAAAUCCCCAAAAAUUCCAAAAAAUUCCCCUGAAAAUUCCUCUCAAAAUCCCCAAAAAUCCCCAAAAAUUCCAAAAAAAUCCCCAAAAAUUCCUCUCAAAAUCCCCAAAAAUUCCAAAAAAUUCCCUCGAAAUUCCCAAAUAUUCCCCAAAAAUCCCCGAAAUCCCCAAAAUUCCGGGAGGAUUUUUGGGAUUUUUGGGAUUUUCUCCCAUCCCCGGAAUUCAGGGGAAAUUUGGGGAAAUUCCCGAAUUUUUUCCCCUUUUUGGUUUUAUUUUUUGCACUGGAUUUAUAGGGGAGCCCCAGCCCGGGAAUUUUGGGAAUUUUUUGGAAUUUUGGGGGAAUUUUGAGAAUUUUGAGCAGAAUUCCAGGACAUUGGGGGAAAUUUUGGGACUUUUCGGCAGAAUUCCUGGGAUUUUGUGAGGAAUUUUGGCAAAAUUCCGGGAUUUUGGGGGGAAAUUCCAGGAUUUUGGGCCGAAUUCAAGGAUUUUUGGGGAAAAUUUUGGAAUUUUGGGCCGAAUUCCCGGAAUUUUGGAGGAAAUUUUGGAAAAUUUGAGCAGAAUUCCAGGAUUUUGGGGGGAAAUUCCAGGAUUUUGGGUGGAAUUUUGGGAAUUUUGGGGCGGAAUAUUGGGAAUUUUGAGUGCAAAUCCUGGGAUUUUGGGCAGAAUUCCAUGAAUUUUGAGUAAAAUUCGGAGAUUUUGGGGAAAAUUCCUGGGAUUUUGGGCAGAAUUCCGUGAUUUUGGGGAAAAUUGCCACGUUUUGGGGCAGAAUUCUGGGAUUUUGGGGGAAAUUCCCGGGAUUUUGGGCGGAAUUUUGGGAAUUUGGGGGCAGAAUUCCAGGAUUUUUGGGUGGAACUCUUGGGAUUUUGGGCAGAAUUCCGGGAUUUUUGGGUAAAUUCCCGGAAAUUGGGGCAGAACUGCAGGAAUUUUGAGCAAAACUCGGAGAUUUUGGGGAAAAUUCCGGGAUUUUAGAGGCAAUUCCCAGGUUUUGGGGCAGAAUUUGGGGAUUUUUGGGGGGAAUUCCGGGGAUUUUGGGCGGAAUUUUGGGCGGAAUUCCAGGAUUUUGUGUGGAAUUAUUGGAUUUUGGGGGAGAUUUCCAGGAUUUUGGUCAGAAUUCCCGGUUUUUGGGUGCAAUAAAGGCACGGACGGAC